AUGGAGGACCAUCGUUGUAAAUGGGGCAAAUAUGGCUGCAAGUUCUCAAUAAAGCUGCCAUGCCCCGAUGGUACUGAUCUGGUCGGUCAUCAGGCUUCUUGUGAGUACAAGUGUAACGGGAUUGUUGAUCGCACCUGUCAGAUCGUGAGCGAAUUUCAGGAAAGUAAUGGUCAAACAAUACCCAAUAUCGGGAAAAUUUUGAAUCCCGGAUGCAUCCAUAAAAUGAAACCUGUUGAGACCCUAGCCACUGGUCUCACUCUACGGUUUAUGCCGCCAAGACCGGUUAUUUUCAAGGGGCAACAGUGCUGGAAAAAUGGACCACCUCCCCCGGGUGACUUCCUGGAAGCACUACUCAACGCGCAAGAUCAUAUUCUUAUUCAGAGGGUUCCUAGUGAUGCGGAAUUCGUGACUGUUGCUCGGCAGUUGAUAUUUGGAGACCACCUUGUUCAAAACGUGCAAUCAAUUCACAACAUUCAUGCUUCAACUCCCCCUUCUGGCACAACCCAGAUCGAGUAUACAAUGGUUAUUCCGCCUCAGCUAGGAAAGGUGUGCUCAGCUGUCCAUUCUUAUACCUUUCUCGAUGCCACUCCGAAAUAUUCGUUCACUGAUCUCCGCGUUGAGGGGGGACUUCCAAUAAUGGCUUUGCACGAGGGCACUAUCCGCAACUUGUGGAUGCUCUGGCCUCCUACUGAGUCUAACGAGAAAGUCUUUUAUCGCCCCCGGAAGUCCACAGAUGACCUCAACGAUGAGCAACCAGGUCCCAUCUUCCGCCGUAUCGCGCCAGCUCUCACCAAUGGAAGGAUGGUUAUCGUCAAACCCGGCGAAACAAUCUUCGUCCCCGCCGGUUGGAUCUUUGCUACUCUCACUCUUGAAGGUGGUUACCUCCCAAAGCUUCUUUUGGUAACAAAGGAAAACCUCAACACAACAAUCUCUUGUUUGAGACACCGUGUUAAUGCUGGUUAUCCCUUGGUGGAGGUUGAGAGAUCGGUCAAUGAUAUCCUUGAUUACAUUAAUCCUAUCUUGAAUAUUAAAACUUCAAAGGCCGUGAAGGAGGUUGUAAGAGUCUGGGAGGAGCUUAAUAAAAUCAUCGACAUUGCCGCUGUUGAGCAUGAAUAUGUGUGGAGUAGCGAUUUGAAGCAUCGCUGCGCACGUAUUUACAAGGAACGUGUACUCCACUAUCUCAGUCAACUGAGUGCAUGA